AUGUUCCAUAAAUUUAUGAUUGCUGGCGAUCGUCCGGAUCUCGUUGAUUCAUUGGAUCUUGCGGUUGCUGCCGAGUCCGACGAUUUCGAGUCCGUUCUUGCAGUCGAUUUUGAAUCCGUUUGUGCAGUCGACUUCGAGUCCGUUUUUGGAGUCGAUUUUGGGGCCGAUUUUGGAGUCGAUUUUGAGUCUGAUUUUGCAGCCGAUUUUGAGUCCGUUUUCGCGGUCGAUUUUGAAUCCGUUUUUGUAGUCGUUUCUGAAUCCGUUUUUGCGGUCGAUUUUGAGUCAGCUUUUGCGACCGAUUUUGAUGCCGGUUCCGUAGUCUACGAGAACAAACUCAGUUAG